AGGCACGACGAACAACCAAGACAAGUACACCAACACCGAACAAGCGACUCACAAUGACCACAGACAUAUCACUCGUAUCACUACUCACAGUCGCGUCCAGACGAAUUAUCUCAGCAACCUGAUGAGCCGGCCGUUUGUCAGUCAUCAGCAGGACGAAGACAGCACCAUGACGCCGACCGAGGCCUCGUCACCACCGCCGUCCAGCUUGCUACCUUCAUCGUCGCAGAUUCCAGGCCUCGACCUCCUUUCGGCCGCGCAAUUUGACGCUCGGGUCAUCGCCAGAAGAGCCGCGUCUUCACCAAAUGCUCCAGUCAGCAAGCGCGCCAAACUAGAUUCAUCGACCAGCUCGACAUCGUCGACAGCUCCUCGCACACUCCUCUCCAACAAGCCGCGUGGCGAUUGCGCUGCCAAAGUCAACCAUCUGUGCCAGACGCUACAUCUGCGCGCCGACUAUGAAUAUGAAGAAGGUCCUCCUUACGCCUUCUCGGCCUGCGUGAGACUGCUAGACGGUGACCAGGAAAUAAAGAGUUUCGAAGCAAUUGGUCUAUUUGGCAGUAAAAAGGCUGCCAAAGAACAGUGUGCCGAUAUGGCUCUGCAGUGGCUAGAGGCACAGCCCGUUCCCGCCAAGCCUUCCAAAGACGCUGCCCUUCUGCCGCUUGCCGCUGCCAAAAUCGACCUGACUGAGAAUUGGGUCGGUGUGUUACAUGAAUUCUGCCAAGCACGAGGUCAAGGUCAGCCAGAAUACUCAGUCUACGAACUCGGUCCGCAACGCUUCGGCGUCACAUGCUCAAUCUUCGGCCAAACACAUCACGAUCAGAAUGCCGCCUUCUCGAGUAAGAAGCAUGCGAAGACCGCCGCUGCUCGUGAUGCUGUCCUGACUCUCCGCGACGAGGGUAUCCUGCCCGGACCUGCUCUGCACAAAAUGUCAGUCAAAGCUGCUCCUCGGGUUUCUCCUGCCGUCCCUGCAUUCGGAGCUCCGUUGCUCAAGCCCAUCGUUCCCGUCGUUCCCGUCGUUACCACCACACCAGACGUUCAGACAUCUCCUUCGCCUUCCGCGAGCUCACUCGUUCCUGUCCUCUGCAGCGCCCUGAACAUCGCCGCGCCAAACUACAAAUUCGUCCAGACCUCACCAUUGACCCCUGACUUCUGGGACGGCGAAGCUCGCUUUGAUAAUCCCAUCGAGCCUUGCCUUCGCGGCCCUGUGGGAAGAGUGGAGAGGAUCUAUGGAAAGCGAAUGGCAAAGGACAAGGUUGUGCAGCAGGUGCUGGAGGUACUUGAAAGCAUCAAGCAACAGAGAAUGGCUGGUUGAGGUACGGACCACAUGGUCAGAAAAUCAUUCUCUCAAUGACAUCAAUCGCGUGUCGCCAGAUGUCAACUUACUCCUUCAGUAUGACUGACUGCUUGCAAUAUCAUGCCUCACAACCAGUCCAUCCACAGCAUCUGGAUAGC